AUGGCAAGAUCCAGUCCAUCAGAAAUCAUCUUUAUAUCUGUCAAUCACAGUAUUACCUUGAUAGGAAAAGUGUGGCUCGUCGUGAUGAUCUUCCUACGCCUCCUCCUCCUCCUCCUUGCCGGUUACCCUCUCUACCAGGAUGAACAGGAAAGAUUUGUCUGCAACACCAUUCAACCAGGCUGUGCAAACGUGUGCUAUGAUAUAUUUUCCCCUGUAUCCCUUUUCCGCUUCUGGCUGGUGCAACUCAUCACCCUAAGUCUACCCUACAUCAUCUUUACAAUCUAUGUGAUCCAUAAGGUGUCAAAUGGCCUCACUGUAACCAUGACCUCCUUGAAUCCAGGUGAAAGUGAACGGUUGUACAAGAUCCAGCAAGAGCUGUACGACAAUGCCUCUGGAAAACAGAUUCCAAAAGUAGAGCGAGGGUCAAUCCAAUGCUUCAACGGUGCAUACAUACUUCAGUUGAUGUUCCGGACAUUGCUGGAGGUAGGAUUUGCGGCAGCUCACUAUUAUAUGUUUGGCUUCUACAUCCCGAGGAGGUUUCUUUGCCAACAUCAUCCAUGUACCACCCAAGUGGACUGCUACAUCUCUAGACCUACUGAGAAGACUGUAAUGCUGAACUUUAUGCUUGGCGCGGCAGCUUUAUCCCUUUUCCUAAAUGCUCUGGACUUCAUUUGUGCUAUUAAGCGCUCUGUAAGGCAGAAGAGUAAGGUGAGAGAAAGCAUUUAUGAGGACGAGCAUGGUUUCCUGGAGGACCCUGAUCGUAAUUCUUCCUUCAGUCGUCGAAUUCUGGAAACGGAGGCUAGUCAAAAAGGGAGUUUCCGGAAGAGGCAAGGCAGCAGGGGGUCUUGCAAAGUGGUGGCGCAGGGAAUUAGUCAGGAUGCGACUGAGCCUCACCCUUUGCUACCUCUGGGGCGCAACACCAAUGGAAAUAACGGUUACUCUGCGUCUCUAGAAGAGGCUCUUGAGAAGGAAGGCGAUGAGCUGGUUCUCUGUCCCGGAGGGACCCCCAAAGCCAUAUGUGUUAAUAAACGCAGGCACAAACCUUCUCCACCCCCGAGGCGGGACCUUGGGCUUCACCCUGGGAUUUCGGCAAGACCUAAGAAAGAUGAGCCCACAGCAACAGGAGACUGUUUUAGGAGAAUUGAUCAGUACACUUUGGUGGCACUCGGGAGUGGUGCAGAACUAUCAAAUGAUGAAGGUCAGGAGAAAAGAUCUGAGUGGGUGUGA